UCAUCAAACAGGCUUUGCCAUAUGUUCGUUUAGUAGGCGAAUCAUGGAAGAUGACGAAAGAGAGAGCAUUUUUUGAGUCAUUGUCGUUGAAAGAAAAGGGUAAACUGUGUCCGGAACAUGUGCCAGAAGUUUAUCAUUUUGAUCGUACUAUGUCUUUGAUCGGUAUGCGUUAUUUGGAGCCGCAACACAUAAUCCUAAGAAAAGGAUUGAUUGCUGGUGUUGAGUACCCUUUGUUAGCUGAACAUAUGUCUGAUUUCUUUGCAAAAACACUCUUCUUUUCGUCUUUGCUGUUCCAUUCUACUACUGAUCACAAACGCGAUGUUGCUGAAUUUUGCGGCAACGUGGAGUUAUGCAGGCUCACUGAGCAGGUCGUGUUCAAUGACCCUUAUAGUAAUCAUUGGACUUCUCCUUAUCUUGAUCGCGAUGUUGAGGCUAUUCGGGAAGACAAUCUACUGAAGCUUGAAGUUGCUGAACUGAAAUCAAAGUUCUGUGAGAGGGCACAAGCACUACUACAUGGAGAUCUACAUACUAGUUCGGUCAUGGUUACUCGCGAAUCAACUCAAGUAUAUGAUCUUGAAUGUGCAUUUUAUGGACCAAUGGGUUUUGAUAUUGGAGCAUUCCUUGGAAACUUGAUUUUGUCUUUCUUUUCUCAAGAUGGACAUGCUGAUGAAACAAAUGAUCGAAAAGGUUAUAAGGAAUGGAUUCUUAAGACAAUUGAAAACACUUGGAAUCUUUUCCACCAUAAAUUCACUGCACUUUGGAAUGAGCAUAGAAAUGGGGCUGGUGAGGCAUAUCUUCCAGCAAUCUAUAACAAUCCUGAGGUUCAGUUGCUUGUCCAGAAGAAAUACAUGACAGAUUUGUUUCAUGAUAGUCUUGGAUUCGCCGCUGCCAAAAUGAUUUGUUUCUUGAUAAUCCUGAGGAGAAUUGUUGGUAUGGCACAUGUUGAAGAUUUUGAAUCAAUUACUGAUGCUGCUAAACGGGCAACCUGUGAAAAACGAGCGCUUGAUUUUGCUAAGAUACUUCUCAAAGAAAGAAGAAAAUUUGAGAGCAUUUCUGAAAUUGUUUCAGCAAUUCGGCAAAUUUAGUAUCUUGCUUUACAAGUUAUUACCUCUUAGUCUUAGCAGAUGAAGCAUAAUUACCAAAUAAGACUGCUUUUAUAAGAUAUUACCUCUUCAUCAAUAAAUAUGUAGUAAAUGAAUUUUGUGUGAUUACAUAAUGUUUCAUUGGAACUUUAUUAUUAAAUAAAUAAGACUGCUUUUAUAGUUCUAC